AUGAUGGUUCUUCAGUUAUUUUCACAUGCUGCGUCUGUUUUGAUUGGAGCACUUUAUCCGGCCUUUAAAACUUUCAAAGUUAUUCGUGAAGGCGAUUUUUUGCAAAUGAAGCGAUGGUUGAAGUACUGGACAGUUUACGCAGGCUUUCUAGCAGCUGAUACUAUUGGUGAUGUACUCUUAUUGCCAUACAUUAUUCCUGGUUAUUUGGUGAUGAAGAUGAGCUUCCUUCUUUGGGCAGCAUCUCCAUGGACGGAUGGUGCAUCAAUUGUUCAUCAAAAAUUAAUCGCUCCACUACUAACAGCGUAUGAACAUGACAUUGAUAAUAUGCUGGACAAUAUGGGACGUUCGGUGCAACGUCAGGCUUCAAGAUUAGGAAAUGGAGCACUAGACAAAGCGCGUGUCGGAUUAUUAUCACUUGCAACCACAGAUAGUUCGGCUACUGGUGAACCAUUUUCUACCAGUCGAUAUGCUUCAAUAACAGUCGCAGUAGAGGAACAAGCGGAAGAGGAUAUUAUCCGGUUAGUUGACGAAGAAACAAAUGUUAAGAGAGAGAUGGAGGAAAGUGAAAGUAGUAUGUCCCCAGAAACAUCAAAUCGCUUAAAAGGAAACUGUGUGCGUUCUGAUGGUGUUAGUGUUACUAAGAAAGGACGAAACCGAUUUAACAAGAAUAGAAGGGCGGAAGGAGAUGCAAAAGACCGGUCGCACCGUACAAGACGCGUUACAGUAAAUCGUAGUAUCUCUCGUGGGCGAUAA